AUGACUACUCCCACGCCCGAAGCUUCGAUCUCAUCGGUCACGUACGAAGAGCUGGACGAUCUGGAGGCUGAGUUUGAAGACUUUGACGUCGAGCUGCUCUGCAUCCAGGCCGCCAAGGAGCGCACGCUGUACGACCGUCGCGCACAGGUCCUCCGUCGCAUCCCGCACUUCUGGCCGCUCGUUCUCGAGCAGGCGCCGCCCGAGAUCGAUCAGUACGUCCAGCCGCUGGAUUCAAACGUCCUGCUGUCGGCCCUGGAGGAUGUCGAGGUCAGCCGGUUCGAGACGGUGGCGGAUGGUGGUGCUGGUGCUGGUGCGGGCGACCCGCGCAGCCUCUCGUUCCGCUUCACCUUUGCGCCCAACGACGUCUUUGAGGAUCGCGUGCUGGAGAAGCGCUUUUGGCACCGAACGGCGCCGGCGACCGGUUGCGGCUGUGACGACGAACCCGGCCAUAGCCACGGCCACGGCCAUGGUCCCGCUUGGUCUGGUCUCGUCAGCGAGCCGGUGCCGAUUCGCUGGAAGAAGGGCAAGGACCUCACCGACGGCCUGCUCGACCUCGCCGUCAAGGCCUGGAAGGACCCCCAGACCAAGACGAUUCAGGAUGCCCUUCGCGCCAAGUUCGACAAGACCGCUAUGGGCGGCGUCAGCUUCUUCGCCUGGUUCGGCUACGUCGGCCGUCGCAUCACCGAGAGCGAGAGCCGUGCUGCCGAAGCCGACUUGCGCGCUGCCCGGCUGGCCCGUCAGGCCGAAAGGGCCGCGGCCAAGAGCGCCGGCGAAGACAACGCGCAGGCCCACGGAGCCGCCAAGGAAGACGCCAAGGAUGACGGCAAAGACGAUGGCGACGACAACGACGACGAUGCUGGUGACGAUGACGACGAUGACGAUGACGACGACGACGAUGACGACGACGACGACGACGGCUACCCCUUCGACAUCUUCCCCGACGGUGACACGUUGGCUGUCACACUGGCCGAGGAUCUGUGGCCCAAUGCGAUCAAAUACUUUAAACAAGCACAGGAGCUCGAUCAGCUGAGCGACGACGACUUUGAGUCUGGGUCGGAAGACGGCGACGACGACCAGCCGCCGCCAAAGAAGCAGAAAAAGUAG